AUGGCUGCUGCACCUCCGGUAACCGAGGAAUCCUCGGUCUCCUAUGAGGAGCUCAACGACCUGAAUGCCGAGUUUGAUGACGCGGAAACAGAGCUGAUCCGGCAGGAGGUGGUGGUCAAGCGGCCUCUCUACGAGAAGCGACACAAGAUUGUCUCGCAAAUCCCCAACUUCUGGCCAUUGGUCUUUGAGCAAGCCCCGCCAGACAUUGACGAGUUCAUACAACCGUCAGACUCUUCCUUGCUCUUGUCGUCGCUGACGUCUCUGUCGGUGACGCGAUUCGAGAUCGAGGAUGGGAAGAAAGGCGACCCUAGGAGCUUGUGCUUCAGGUUUGAAUUCAGCGACAAUGACCACUUCGAGGACAAGGUCAUCGAAAAGAAGUUCUGGCAGAGACACUCCAAGAGCGGUUGGACCGGUCUCGUGAGCGAGCCUGUCGAGAUCCGCUGGAAGAAGGGCAAGGAUCUGACGGGAGGCCUACUGGGAACGAAUUAUCCGCAGAUGAGAAAUCUCAAGAAGAAAAUCGAAAACACCGGGCUCGGUGGGUUGAGCUUCUUCGCAUGGUUCGGUUAUGUUGGUCGAAAUGUAUCCGCCGAGGAGAGCCAAGAGGCCUUGGACAAGGCGCAGAAGGAACGCAUCGCCAGACAGGAAGGCAAACAGCAAACCUCUGAUGGCGAAGACGACAAUGAAGAGGAAGAGGACGACGAAGACGACGAGAACGAGCUGGAGAUUUUCCCAGAGGGAGACAGCCUUGCCAUUCACAUCUCGGAGGAUCUGUGGCCAAAUGCCACCAAAUACUUCACCCAGGCGCAGGAGCAGGACGAAGUCAGUGACGAUGAUUUCGAAUCUGAUGCGGAUGACGAUAAUAAGGAGGACGAGGGGGUUUCAGAGGAAGAGCCCCCUGCCAAAAGGCGGAAGACAUGA